AUGUUUCAAUUCAUGACGGAUCGCAAUGUGAUGCUCACGAGCCAUCUCAGCUCCAACAUGCUCCUUGCGGCGUUGGCCCUGGGCAUCAGCGUGUUUGCCUAUGGAUUCGAGGGUGGUGUCGUCAACACCACUCAGGCCAUGCCGAAGUUCAUCGAGAUGUUUGGAGAGCGUAACCCAGCGACAGGGAAAUCAGUUCUCACUCCCAGUCAGCUGGCCUACCUCAACUCCAUACCACUUGUCACUUAUGCCGUCGGUGUGGUCGUCGCCUCGCAGCUCAGCGAGCGCUUUGGACGUAAGAUGGUCUUCUUCCUGAUGAACUCGAUUUGCAUAUCCGGCGUUGCAAUUUCCUACACGUCCACGUCGUACGGCCAGAUUCUCGCAGGGCGCAUGAUUCUGCAGACCCACAUCGGAAUGGAGGCCGCCCUGGUUCCCAUGUACAUGGCCGAGAUCGUCCCCAGUGCUAUUCGAGGAAGGAUGGUUGCCUCAUAUACCUUUUCGCACAUCUGUGCAAACUUCAUCUCGUCCAUCAUCACCAAUUUUACCAGCAAGUACCCGGACCACAGUUCUUGGAGGAUCCCCUUCGGCAUCAUUUUCACCUUCCCGGCACUGGCCCUGCUGCUUUCCAUCUUCCUUCCCGAGUCCCCUCGCUGGCUGCUGAGGAAGGGCAAGCCGGAGGAGGCCAGGGCAGCGCUGUGGUAUCUCAACAGCGCUCAAAAGGAGUUCGACGCCGAUGAGCAUAUCAAGCUGCAGCGCCAGGCUCUCGAAGACUCGGUUGAGAAGGGCAAGUGGAGCGACCUGUUGAAGGGUACCAACAAGAAGCGAACAAUUACAGCCAUCGUAGCCGCGUGCUCUAGCAUGUUGACGGGCAUGUCCUUUGCUUCCAACUACGGCACCGUGUUUUUGGCGCAGGUCAACAUCAUGGACCCCUUCACAGCCACCAUGAUCAAGCGGGCCGUCCUGCUCCUGGGCCCCAUCACCGUCAUGACCUGCAUCGAGCGCCUCGGACGACGCAAGACGUUCCUGUCCAUGGGCACCCUGUCCGCCACGUCGCUGCUCAUGAUGGGCGUGCUGGGCGCCAUCCAGCCGGCGACCGACGGGCUCAAGAGGGGCAUCGUCGCGCUGUCCGUCCUGUUCCCGUACGCCUACAUUGCCUCGUUCGGGUCCAUCAUGCAGAUUGUGCCCUCGGAGAUCUCGCACAUCAGCCUGCGCGACAAGACGUCCAUGGUCUACUGGAUCGUGUCCGACGUUGCCAAUUUCGCCGCCACAUUCUCGCUCCCUUAUCUGCUCUCGGAGCCUUAUGCCGCCUUGGGCGCCAAGGUCGCCUUCAUCUACGCCGCCACCAGCGUCUGCUUCCUGGUCUGGGCAUACUUUUGCUAUCAUGAGCUCACCGGCCGCUCGCUUGAGGAGGUUGAUGAGUUGUUUGCAGAGGGUGUUCCGGCCUGGAGAUCAGCCAAGUGGGUGUCCACCAGCAAAAUGGGCCAGCUUACCGCCCUGGAGAACUCCAAGGGCGAUGCAGGCGCUGCGAUGAGAGAGAAGGCCACCGAUCAGGAUUCCGAAUCGACACGCCACGUUGAGAACGGCGUUGGCAAGAAGUCACAGCCGUAG